AUGAACCAUACUAACUCCAACAAUGAUGUUUUCGGUAAACUUUACAAUGAAUGGUUCCAGGUUUUGAGAGAUGACAUUUUAGGAAAGGAGUAUGUAGUACCUGCUUAUAUUGAUCUUCAUGUCAACUACUCUCUUGGAUUCGGUAACCCUCAAAACAAAGAAGUCAAAGUGAACAUUGAAUUCCCGACUGUGGAUAACUAUUCCCGCAAUCUUUGCAAAAAUGAAACAAAGGAGAUAACUAUAAAAGCUUUUCAAUAUGAAGUUUUGAAAUUACAAUGUGAUAUCAUUGGAACACGUGUUAAUGCCUCAGAAAAUAUCAUUGUCUACUCUCUAAUUACAAAAGGAGUCGGAGAACUCCCGGAUUUAUUGAUGAUUGAACAACUCAUUCCAGUCAGAUUGUGGGGGAGUUUCUACGUGAUGGUACCUUCUGGAAAAAGUCCUAAAGGGGAUAUAAUUUUGAUAAUAACUGCACAUGAUAACACGAAAGUUCAUAUUUUAGGGUACGAUCAUGUCACCAUUCCUGACAAAUACGGCAGAAUACAUAGACGUAUUUUAGGAACAUCCCCAAUCACUAUAAAGACCUCAGAUCCAGUGUCUGUGACGCAGUUUGUUGUUCGGGAUGACGACUCAUCUAUGAUAAACAUCAUCCCACUGAAAUACAAGAUUGAUAAAAACGACUUGUGGGAAGGAGACUCAAAUGUCAGAUACACUUACAUACACGAGAAAAAGGAAAAUGCUAUGACAAUUCCACUGUCUAAAUAUCACGCAUACCAAGGGAAUGGCAUUUCCACGGUACCGGAGUUUGUACUGGGCUGCUCCCUUUUGUUUAAAGAAUCCAAACUACUUCCUAGGAGUAACUGUGGUUUUAUGAAUGAAUCCAAGACAGAGGAUAUCUGGCCAGUUAUGGUUCCUGGAGAUGGCGUAGAUAAUGAUAGCGAUGAUAAAGUUGACGAAGACGACUGCUACAAGCCAGAUAUGUUUGGGACUCUGUUUGUUAUCCCAGUUAUUCAAAUAAGUGGAAAUUUAACAUGUUUUAUCAGUGGUUAUGAUGGCAAUGAAGUAAUAAUCAGCUACUCAAUGGAUAAAACCGUAAAAUGGAAGGCAGUGACUCUAACUAAAAACAGAAAUGUUUUUGACGUAACAGUUGCUGCUGAUUAUCCUUUGAUUGUUAAAUCAGAUAAAAGAAUUUUAUUAUCAUGCCAAUACCAAUGUAAUUCGAACACAAAAUGCUCCAAUAAGUUUAUCGUGCCUCCGGUGGACAUUUUACAACAUGAGUAUUUUGCUACAAUUCCAUUUACUGCACUCCCGGAAACCGUCUCUCAGAAAGAAUGCCUUGUAGCUGGAAUAUUUAAUAACACAUACUUCACUAUCCCUGAACGGGAGCAACCAUGGCCACUUAAUAAAAACAGACAUCAACCAAUCAGAGACAUGACAUACAAUGGAACAUUCAUUACGUCAAGUCAUAUUAUUUCAGUCCUGUGCUUUAUCAAAUAUGGGACCACUACCUCUGAACAGUACCUAGUAAAUCAGCUCCUUCCAGUGUCAGGAACGCGAUACAACUUAAAAUCAUCAGACAUUCUAUCUGAAGAAAAAUUGGUGCUGAUAUCAACGGAUGAUAACACCGUUUUGAACUUGAAAUUGACUCGUAUAGAUCAAAAUAAUCGUGAGAAAGUGUACAGUGAACAUGUUCUAAUAGAAAAAGGUGGCGAGAUUAAAAAUUUUAGCUGGGAAAACACUACAAGUCUUAAACUCAAAAUAAUUUCUAACAAGCCUAUAAUCGUUAUGGCAUCAUUCAAACGAGAAAACCAAGAUGAGUCCUAUUCAAAUAGGUAUGAUUAUGUACAUGUCGCACCAGCCCAAAGUACUGACGUAUAUAGAAGCUUGGACCAGAUGGAGUCUGAAAUGUCAAAUCUUAUAAUCACCAAGAGAAUAUACCCUUUAACUUCCUACCAAAUCCCAGGAGAUGGUCAAGACAAUGAUGGAGACGGUCUAGUAGAUGAAGAAUAUUGUGGCUUUCUUUGGAACGACAAGAGGCUUGUGGACUAUGAUUUAGACGGAUCACUGAACGAAGAUUGUAAAGGAUGCCCUGAAGGCAAGGAGCUACUUUCUACCUUCUUGUGUGAAACCUGCAAAAUCGGGACGUACCGGGAAAAUUUGUCCCGGAUUGACAAAUGUGAGAAAUGUGGUGUAAAUAUGACCACAUUUAGCCAUGGAAGUAAAUCGGAAACAGAUUGUUUUCCUAUCUGUGAGGAAGGAAUGGAGUUGGAAAAUGAAACAAAGAAAUGUAGACCUUGUCCAGUUGGGUACUACAAAGAUGUCUCAGCAGACGAAACGAAUCGAAGUGUUUCUGACAGGUUUUGGUGUAAAAAAUGUUCCGAUGAGAAGACAACUUACGACACAGGGACCAAAAGCAAAAACAAUUGUAUAGCUCACUGUGAGAAGGGAAAGUACUUGAAGGAUAGUGAUUGCAGUCCAUGCAAAAUUGGUUUUUCAAAAAAUACCUCAAGUGAGGAUGAUACUCUUGACAAAAAUUUGAGAUGGAACUGUACAAAAUGCCCGGAUGGAAAAACAACUUAUUCAGAAGGAAAACACAAAUGUAUUGAGGUGUGUUCAGAGGGAAGAGAGUAUAACGAAAGUACAGAGAAAUGCGAUCCCUGUAAACUUGGUUUUUUCAAAAACAUCAGUGGAAGCAAUGUUAGUUGUUUUCCAUGUCCAAAAAACUUCACUACUAGACAUCUUGGGGCAACCAGUGGUGCGCAAUGUAAAUCAGCUAAUUGCCGGUGUCCGUGUGACAGAGUACACAAGCCAAAGAACUACACAAAUGAAGAACUAGCAAAAGUAAUAGAAGAGAUGAAGAAAGAGCUUUUUAUUAAUGUAAAACAACUGUCGUCCAACAUCAGGAAAAAGAUCAGCGUAAAGGACAAUCGUCCCUCGUCUCAGUCGAUUGGAUCGUUAGGUAUCGUCAUGAUCACCAUGGUAUUUGCAGUCAUUAUUGUGUUUGACUUCAUGAUUUUGAAAGAACACAUUUCUAUGUUUUUAAGAAACGUCAGAUAUAUUCUAACUAGACACUAA